GAGGUCUAUACAGUUACCACCGUUAUUUCCACGAUCAUGAAGUUAAAAUUGGAUUUAUUCCAAAAUGAACCCGAAGACGAACCUGUAAACCUUUGGGUGUCAUCCCUUGAAUCAAUAUACGCCUCCCUCAUUAUUAAUCUUGUAGAUUCCAGCUUGAAAAUUCUGCAAAGAAAUCUGAAGCAAUUACCACAUUCUGAAAGAAAUUCCGAAGCAAUUACCACCUCCCCUAGACCCUAUAUACCUAUUCCAUGCCAACGUUCCCCUUAG